AGUAAAUCUAUAAAAAAUAUCAAAUGAAUUCCCACUAUUCUUAACCACCCACCCCGUUUUAUAUAUCACUAUCUCGCUCGUAUACAGCCUAAUUUAGCCUCGGCCAUGGCCACGAAGACCCUGCAGCACAUUCCUCAACACAUCUUCUUAAUCUGCGUAACCCUAUCUCCCCUCUGCUUCUCUUGCAAUGAAGAUUGUUUCACUUCUUUCACCCCAACAACAGCAACAGCUAGUCCAAACGUUUCCAUCAAAGACCAGAUACUUAGCCUGGCUAAUGAUCAAGAAACUGUGGAUUGGAUGAAACGAAUACGGAGGAAGAUACACCAGUACCCUGAACUAGCUUAUGAAGAAGUUGAUACCAGCCAGCUCAUUAGGCAUGAACUUGAUCUGCUUGGUGUUCCUUAUCGUUGGCCUGUGGCUACCACAGGUGUUGUCGCUAAAAUUGGCUCUGGUUCUCCUCCCUUUGCUGCUCUCAGAGCUGAUAUGGAUGCUUUACCUAUUCAGGAAUUGGUGGAAUGGGAGCAUAAAAGCAACGUAGACGGUAAAAUGCAUGCUUGUGCCCACGAUGCCCAUGUUGCCAUGUUGCUUGGAGCAGCAAAGAUACUGCAAAAGCUGCGAUGCGCUUUACAGGGAACUGUAAUUCUAAUAUUUCAACCAGCUGAGGAGCGCGGUGAAGGAGCCAAACAAAUGAUCGAAGAGUCAGUGCUUGAAAAGGUAGAGGCCAUUUUUGGGUUGCAUCUGGUGCAUGAAUAUCCCGCAGGUGUGGUUGCCACACGAGCUAAAGGAUUUCUAGCUGGCUGUGGGAGCUUUAAAGCCACAAUUAGCGGCAAAGGAUACCAUGCUGCAAUUCCCCAUCUCGCCAUUGAUCCAAUUUUGGCGGCUUCCACAGCGAUAAUAAGUCUACAAAAUAUAGUUUCAAGGGAAACUGAUCCUUUGGAUUCUCAGGUGGUCUCAGUGUCUAUUAUUGAAGGUGGAACUGCAAUCAAUGUAAUCCCAGACUCAGUGACAAUAGCAGGAACUUUUAGAGCUUUCAGUACGACGAGAUUCAAUGCACUUAGGGACAGAAUAGAAGAGGUAAUUAAAGCUCAAGUAGCUGUACAUCGGUGCUCGGCUGCGAUCGAAUUCUCGGGAAAAGAUCACCCUACAAUUCCUCCCACCGUCAAUGAUGAAAAGGUGUUCGAACAUGUAGUGCGCGUAUCGAGGGAGAUAGUAGGAGAAGAAAACACAAAAGUAGCUCCUAUGUUUAUGGGGAGCGAAGACUUUGCUUUCUACUUAGACAAGGUUCCUGGAACAUUCCUUUUCUUAGGAAUUCGCAAUGAGAAAAUUGGAGCCAUACAUCCUCCACAUAGUUCUUAUUUCACCAUUGAUGAAGAUGUGUUUCCCAUUGGGGCGGCAAUUCAUGCAGCAUUUGCACAUUCAUUUCUCUCAAAUUAUACAAGUUCAGUUUGACUACUGCCAGAAAUGUAAAUAGAGAUUUCCGUACAAUGAUAAUGAUAUGAUUGCUAUUUUAUA